AUGAUUCACGAGAAAAUAGAUAAAACAAUGGGUAAGACUAUCAAUUCCCACAAAAAGUAAACAAUAAAGGGGCUCGGAAUUAAUUAUUUAUGGAGUAAAACCUGUUAUCUCAACACUUUUCGACAUUCAAACCUGCAUUUACUUUGUUUACAAACAAAUUUUUAUUUUAAAAUUGGGUUUUCGAAAGAAAAAUGGUUAAAACUUUCUUUACAAAACACAAAAUGGCAAGAACUUUCUUUACAAAACACAAAAUGGCAAGAACUUUUUUUUACAAACUGCAAAAGCCAACAAAAAAUCACAUUUCUCUCCACAGAUAAUUAAAUUCCUUUUAAAACGAUUAAAAAAGAGCCUAAAACCACAUUUUCAAAAAAUGGAAAUAUGGAAGGUUUUUAGUGUAUUUUGCACUGAAAAUCUUCCACUCAACUUUCAUAUUAAAAAAGUCUUAAAAUGGCUUAAAAAUGAGUUUUUGGCACUUUUUAGAGGUGGAAGUUUGAUGGAAGGUUUUUAGUGUAUUUUGCACUGAAAAUCUUCCACUUGACUUCCACUUUUUUAAAAUGUCAUAUCUUUUGUUAUAGACUAUAAAAUUGUAAAAAUAUUUAAAAAACUGCAAAAACUUUCUUUCCAAUUAUAUUUUCAUAUACUUUUAGAUGCCUCACCUAAAAACAGUACUAGUAAGACCACUGAAUUGAAGACCAAGUUCCUAGUGGUCCUCAUGGGUAUUACAGCUACUUGCCUAGCCUUUUGCUGUAAAUUCCUUGGUGGUAUCUUCUACGUAGUAAUAGCGACAUUAGGUGCUACAUCAGGGCCAAUAGCUGGUGUCUUCCUACUAGGCUUAUUGGUACCGAAAGCCAACAAAAAUGGUGCACUUUUCGGAUUUUUUGUGUCUACAGUAGUAAUGAUCGCGAUUACUGUAAAAAAUAACAUUGAAAAACCAUACAGUAACUAUGUACUGCCCAUGAUUGAUGAAGACAGUACCUGGGGCAGUUGUACUAAUGUGACUAGAGAGAGUAUUAGUACUAUUAGAAGGUAUUACAGUGGAAAGGGCAAAGAGUACCAUUAUGGAGCACCUGGUACUAGUCCAAUGGCUAGGUUGUCUUCUUAUGCUUAUUCUCCGACUGGUAAGUUGAAUUUCAAGCAGAAAUGA